ACAAUCCACAAUCCAUAAUCCACAAAAUUAACCAAAUCCUUAAGCCUAAUAAGAUUCCUUCUUUGUUUUUCAACUCCAAAAUCAAAAUCUCUCAUCCCCUUUUCCCUUUAUAGAUUCUCUUUUCCUCUUAUCCAAACCAAUUUAAUUUAUCUUCAUCCUUCACAACCACAAAUGUUUCUAUCAAAACAUGGCCCAAAAUUCUUCAAAUUUAGAAGCCCGGUUUUUCUUUCCUAUGUCAAAUCUAUAUAGUCUUUUCAAUUUCUAAUUAAGACAUCUUUUAAUUCUUUUCGAAAUAUAUUCAACCACAAUUAUCUUCAACCAAAACACUCAUUACUCUUUUAGCUCAUAAUACACAAUUAGUGGUGUGACUUUUUUGUGGGACAACACAAAAUUAGUUUCAUUGUCCUUACUACAUAUUUCCUCUAAAAUAUCUUGAAGGGUACUAUAUAGUAUCUCUUAAUUUCUUGUUUUCAUCUCUUAACAUAUAUAUUUUUUUGACACCAAUGGUUGAUAAAAAAUUCUACGAAAUUUCAUAUGGUUUUGUUGAAAUGGCUUGGAUUAUGCUAAGUGUUGAUUACUCAAGACUUUUAUGGCAAUUAUUUCGUGUUUUUUCAUAUGAAAAUCAUGCAUGGAAGCCUCGGAUCAUCUAGCACAUACCUUCAUUUGAAUCAUAUAAGCUAAGGUUGAAAUUAUAUAAAUAUAAUUUUUAUUACUUAUAUCAUUAUAUAUAUCUUUAAAUUAAGUCAAUAGUUGUUUAGAGCCAUGUAUAAGGGAAGAAUAGGAGGCAAAGCUCAACCUGGAUAUGUUGAAACUGAUCCUUCAGGUCGAUAUGGACGUUUUAGGGAUGUCCUUGGAAAAGGAGCAACGAAGGUAGUGUAUAAGGCAUUUGAUGAAAUCCUAGGAAUAGAAGUGGCUUGGAACCAAAUCAAGCUUGAUGAAGUUUUUCAUUCACCAGACCAACUUCAACGUCUCUAUUCAGAGGUUCAUCUCCUAAAGAACUUGGAUCAUGACUCUAUCAUUACUUUCCAUGGUACUUGGAUUGAUGCUGAUUGUAGAACCUUCAACUUCAUCACUGAAUUGUUCACCUCCGGAACCCUACGAGAGUAUAGAAAGAAGUACCCUCGUGUAGAUGUAAGAGCAAUAAAAAAUUGGGCUCGCCAGAUUCUAAGUGGUUUGGAGUAUUUGCAUAGCCAUGAUCCUCCUGUGAUACAUAGAGACCUAAAGUGUGAUAAUAUAUUUGUCAAUGGCAAUAUGGGUAAAGUCAAGAUUGGUGAUUUAGGCCUUGCAGCAAUUCUUCGUAGUUCACAACAUGCUCACAGUGUCAUAGGUACACCAGAAUUUAUGGCACCAGAAUUGUAUGAAGAGGAAUAUACUGAGUUGGUAGACAUAUACUCUUUUGGCAUGUGUAUGAUUGAGUUGUUCACUUCUGAGUUCCCAUAUAGCGAGUGCUCCAACCCAGCUCAAAUAUACAAGAAAGUUACCUCUGGGAAACUACCAGCCGCAUUUUACAAGAUCCAAGAUUUAGAAGCUCAAAAGUUUGUUGGAAAAUGUUUGGCAAAUGUAACAGAGAGGUUGUCAGCAAAAGACCUCUUGUUGGACCCAUUUUUAGCAACGGCCCAAUGUGACUCACCAUUGCCUAGUCCAACAUUACCUAGCAAAAAUUCUCAAAAACUCAAUUUCAAUGCAACAAUGGCCAAAGAGAAACUUUCACUGAAUGUUCAAACAAAGAGCACACAUAUGACAAUCACAGGGACCAUGAAUGAAGAGGAUGACAAUGUUUUCCUUAAAGUCAAAAUUUCAAACAAAAAUGGGCACACAAGAAACAUAUACUUUCCAUUUGACAUAAGAAAUGACACUGCAAUUGAGGUUGCAAAUGAGAUGGUCAAAGAACUUGAAAUUAGUGACUUAGAACCACUAGAGAUUGCUGAAAUGAUUGAAGAAGAGAUAUCAACUAUAGUUCCAACAUGGAGGAGUUGUGACACUUCUAAGUAUCAAAGACAUCAUAGUUUUAACUAUGGAGAAGAGGAUGAUAUUCCUUUCUUCUCACCAUCUUCUCGUUCUUCAUCUCAUGGUUCUCUUCCUAUGUUUUGUGCUUCCUUCAAUAACAAUACACACCUUUGUGGGAACCAUUAUCCCCUUGCUCAAGAUUGGUCACAAGAUGAUCAUCAAUUUAUGAAUGAUGAUACAAGCUCUCAAAGCUCAAUCAAUUCCUACAAGUGUUUCAAUUUCCAUUGCAAUGACUCAUGCAAUGAAGAUGAACAAGGUUCAACUCAUAUAAUAGGAGAAGAAUCCUUUUGUUGCAAUCAAAAGGGUAACAGCAAAUCAACAAGAUUUUGUCCUCCUUUAGAAAUGGUGGAUGCUGGUUUCAUCAAACAAUUUUCCAACAUGAGAAUGAAUUCUCACACUCACACUCAUAGGAAUCAUCAUGGACCAAACAAUAGAUGUCCAAGUACAAGGUUGACAAGGAUUAAUUCAUGUGUUGAUGUGAGGAAACAACAAUUACAACGAUCAUUGAUGGAAGAGAUGCAAAAGAGAAGAAUGUUUAAUACAGUUGGUGCUAUUGAGAAUAUUGGAUUUCAAAAUCCAGAAGGAGAUGGAUGUUUUUCUUGUUGAAUUCAAGUUACAUGUAUUAAGAAUUUAUUAUUUUCUUAUUUCACUACUUUUGGAGUGUUUAUUAAUUUAUUGCUUUAGAUUUGUAAAAUAAUUGUAAUAUGUUUAAUUACUUGCUUGUGUAUAUAGAAAUAUGAAAUUCAUAUGAUAAAAAUUAGUAUA